AAGUGCUGCCCCGUGCGAUGUUCAAAAAACGUCCUAGACGCCAUCUUGUGCCCCUCAGCCUGACUGCUCGGGAGCGGGGCUAGAUCCGACCAGUUUCCGUCCUAACCCGUCGCCAUUGAAGAAGUGUUUCCGCCUCAUCCACAUCUCCACCUCUAUACACAAUAUAAGAUGGAGUAUGUUGCGGUAUACGUUUUCAAUCGCAGACUGCGCAGAGAAAGGAGAUAUCGGGACCCACUUGACCCACUACACGUUAGUGAUGAACAUCUGUUGCGGGUGUAUAGAUUUCCCCGUCAAGAAAUCAUCAGGCUCUGUGAUGAGCUGCGUCCCCACCUGGAAAGGAGAACCAGGAGGGCACAUGCACUCCCAACUCACACCCAGGUUCUGGCUGCACUAAGGUUUUUUUGCAAGUGGCAGCUUCCAAACUGUUAUUGGAGACACUGUUGGAAUGGACCAAUCAAGUGUUAGUAGGGCCAUUGACAAAGUAACUCAAGUACUUUGUGUAAAGGCCAGUCAAGAGAUAAAGAUGCCAACCACAGCAAUAGAUAUCAACAGAGCUAUGCAGGACUUCAGACGCACUGGUAACUUUCCAAGAGUGAUAGGUGCCAUUGAUGGAACCCACAUUCGCAUCAAGGCCCCAGAGGAAAAUGAAGAGAUUUAUGUCAACCGGAAACAAUUCCACUCCUUAAAUAUACAGGCUGUGGGUGACACCAACAACAAGAUCAUCAGCUACGACACCAGUUACCCAGGGAGCACACAUGAUUCCUUUAUAUGGAGACACUGUGCCCUUAAGCAGCGGUUCCUUGCUGGUCAUUUUGGAGAUGCUCUUUUAAUAGGAGACAGUGGGUAUCCUCUGGAGCCAUUCCUGAUGACCCCAGUUGUACACCCGACAACACCUGGGGAGGAACGCUACAACCAGAGUCAUCGAAGGACAAGAUGCAUUGUUGAGCGGACGUUUGGGAUCCUCAAGUCAAGGUUCAGGUGCCUUCACGAGUCAGGAGGAAGUUUGCAGUACGACCCCGAGAAGACAAUGAAGAUUGCGACUUCUUGCAUGCUCCUGCACAACUACUGUGUGGAUCGUCGCAUUCCCUAUGUUGGUGAUCUUGUGCAAGAAGAAGAAGUACCAGUUCAGCCUGUGAGAGACAACAGACAGGUUCCUGGUCAAUUUGUCAGGCAGGAAAUUAUUAGAAACUUCUUUUCCUGAGUAUAGAUUGCGUAUGGUGCACCGGUGGCCGAGUGGUCAGCGUGUGUACGAUCCAGAGGACUGUACUCCCAUUGCAAGACGCUGAGAGAAUUCAGCCAUGGACACUUGGUGGAGGGUUACCAACAUGCUGCCCAGAUCUUCAGUCAACCUUAACUUCUGCAUCUUUGAUCAAGAGAGGCACCAGGGGCUAACACUUCCUCACCACACAUUCUCAUCACCUAGUUUGAUACCCUAAUUGUCCCUCUCACAUACCUUAUACAUUUCAGCACUCUGUACUCUUGACUUGCUUAUCAUCCUCUUCAACUCUUUAAUUGUUGGCCAUUUCUCUGCUUCAUAUAACAUAACUAACCUCACAUAUGCACAGUAGCCAUUUAACUUGUUCCUUAACCAUGUGUUUCAGAAUGUGUGUACGUGGUGAUCCAUAGGACUCGUUUCCCACCGCAAGACGCUGAGAGUUUCAGCCAUGGACAUGUGGUGGAGGGUUACCAACAUGCUGCCCAGCAGGUCUUCGGUCAACCCUAACUUCAGCGUCUUCGGUCAAGAGGUUCACCACCUCCACACCACACAGUCUCAUCACCUAGUUUGGUACCCUACUUGUCCAUCUCACAUACCCCAUGUAUCUCAGCAUUCUGCACUCUUGCCCAGGGAGUGCGGAUAUUGAUUAGUGAUGAACCAGGUUGGCGAGGAAUGUUUAUGGAGGAAUGGGAAGGUGCUCACUGCUGGUAAAACUAAAACCCAUUUCAAUGAAAUAACAUUCUGAUGAACCCCAGCAGUGAGGUAGUCAAUUUACCGGCAAAGGCACAACAACCCCUUAAUCAUAUUAAAAGCAUAUGACUGACCUGUGUGAUUAUCUUCCUGUGUUUAUGACUGUAAUUAUUUAUCCUAUGUACUGUAAUGACUGUUGUGCUAACUGAAGCUGUACUGUUCAUACCACAGGUUAAUCAAAUUAAAAGCAUAUGGA